ACAGUGUUUUAUCAGUGCUGCAGUGUGAGGAAGUGAGCAGCUUCAGCUGGUGAGACGCAAGAAAAUCAGUGUUUAUCUGUGAGAGUCAGAGUGUGUGUUCACACCAGCGCUGCCUCAACACACACACACACACAGAGGACAGAGGACAGGAAGGAUGACGGACGUUGAGAAGCAGCGCAUUCCUGAAGAGGUGGGCGGUGGCCCUAGUGUGUCUGCAGCUGCCUCUCCUCCAUAUCCCACUGGAGCUGGACAUAUGCAGCUGCCUCCGCCCUACCUGCCCCCUCCCUACCCCUGCGGCCCAAUCGUCCAGCCCGCUUACCCUCCCAUAGAGUCAACCUGUGCCACUGGCCUCAUCCCACCCCCAGACAACACCACUUACCCCCCCAUGCAAGGCGGCUGCGUAGCGGACAACCUGCCCCCAGAGGAGAGCAUGGCGAUGCAGGACACAGGAGCCAUGUGUCCAGAAACCCAAGGUGCCUUUAUAACAUCAUCGUUUGAUGACAACACCGUGCGGCGGGCGUUUAUCAGAAAGGUGUUCAGCGUGGUCACACUGCAGCUGCUGGUCACCUUCUCCGUGGUGUGCGUGUUCACCUUCUCGGACAGUGUGAAGACGGCCGUGCAGAAAAACAUUUGGGUGUACCUCAGCUCUUACAUCAUCUUCAUAGUGGUGGCACUGGCUCUGAGCUUCUCCUCCUCCUUAAGCCGCUCACACCCCUGGAACUUCAUCAGCCUGUCAGUGGUGACCCUGAGUCUGUCCUACAUGGUGGGAACUGUGGCUUCCUACCAUAACACAGAUGCUGUCAUCAUCGCUAUGGGCGCUACACUUGUCAUCUCCUUCACCAUCAUCAUCUUCUCCUCCCAGACUCGCGUGGACUUCACUGUAUGCAAUGGCAUCCUCACCGUCCUGGCAGUGGACCUGCUCAUGUUUGGAUUCUUCACCAUAUUUUUCUACAACAGUGUCGUCCAGGUUGUGUAUGGAUGUCUGGGAGCACUGCUUUAUUCACUGUUUCUGGCUGUGGACUGUCAGCUGGUGAUGGGUCGUCAGAAGUACAGCCUGAAUCCUGAGGAAUACGUCUUUGCAGCCUUAGUCAUCUACUUGGACAUCAUCAUGAUCUUCCUCUACAUGCUCAUGAUUCUUGGAGGCUCAAAAAACUAGCUCAAACACUAGCUUCACAUCUGUCCAUCUUGCUUUUAGCUGGUUCUAUAUAUUAAACAACUAUACGGUCUUCAAAGACAGAAACAGACUCGGUGCUGUUGUUAUCUUUCCUAUGCAUGUUCAAAACAGCUUUUGAAUAAAUAUUAUAUUACACGUUUAUGUAAAUUAGGAUACAGUGUAAACAUAUAUUCUCUUUUUGUUAAUUAAACUGAAUUAUCAGUGUCGUUUGGUUUAUUAACAAUGGCUGUAGAAAAAGUGGACUACAGAGAAAGCGCUUGAUUUCCAGGACAGAAGGGGGUACCUCAAGGGUUGAUUUUAGGGCCGUUUCUGUUUUCUUUAAAGUGCUGUUCAACUGAAAAAGAGGACAUGACGAUGCCAUCAAAUAAUAACAGAGUACUACUGUCGUUCCUGCUUUAACGUAGCACUGUCGCCUUUUAUUUAACUGGGUCUUCUCCUCUAUUAAAUAGGUACACAGUGAUAAAUGUGACUGAUUAAUUGUUGACCUCCUUUAUGUUCUAUUGUACCUUCAUUUCAAAACGGCCCACAUUUCUAUAAUCAGGCACAGUCCUGAGCAACACCAGAAUAUAAUAAUAAUAAUAAUAAUAAUAAUAAUAAUAAUAAUAAUAAUGAUUCAUUUGCUCCUGAAGUGAAAAUACAAGGGAAAAAUGGAUUGUAAAACCAGGAAAAACGGCACCACUCCUUAUGUUUGAUCAAUAAAUAUUUUCUCAAGUA